AUGGUACUUUGUAUUUCAUUCAUGGGAACUGUACUUGCAGGAGACCAUAAAAAAGGAAAGAAGAACUCUUCUUUAUCAAACAGAAAGGCACACAGAAAAAAUCUAGUGAAUGACAUAAAAAGAAAAAAAGACAGAAAGUACAAGCUGGAGAAAUUUGAGCUAUACGGUAUGGAAAGUGAUCUUUCAAAUGAUGUUUCAUCUGAUGGAUAUAAAGCAGACUCCGGAAUAAUAAUCAAGUCUUUAAACAAAGCAAGUAAAAUUCUUGGAGUUAGUGCAGAAGUAGUUGAAACUCCUAUACUAACAUGUACAUCAUGUGCCAGCAGUAUUACAGAAACCAAAUCUACUGCUUCAAAAGAAGAAGAGGAAGAGAAAAAAUCUACUACAGAGGAAGAAUCUGUAAAUGGAAGUACUGUAGAAAGCACUGACACAGACAGCUUUUCCUAUGUGUCUGACUUUAAUACACAGAUAGAAGAUUUAGAGUAUAAACUUGAAUCAAUGCUUACAGAUGACAUCAAUACAGCAGAAAUUGCAAAUACAUUUGAAUUAAAUGUGAAGCUUGAAGAGAUUAAGAAUUCAAUAGGCAAGCAUACGAUGACUGAGAGUGAAUUAAGUCUUAUCCAUAAAGUAACUGAAGAACUAGAGAAGGACAAUAUCCCAGCAGAUAAAGUGCUUUCUAAAAUGGUACAGACAGUGCUUUUUGAGUCAAAGUCAGAGGAUGGUAAAACAGAGGCAACCAAAAUCAACAUUGGUAGCUAUAUAUACUUAAAAACAGUCGAUGCCAACCCAGGCGUAUUACAAAAAACUGUAACUAAAGUAUUUGUAAUUUCAGAAUAAACAGCAA